AUGAGCGCUGCCACUUGGCGUCAGCAUUUCAGCUUCAAUAAAUACAGCCAAAUCGCCGCUCGUGCGUUGCGUUCGUCGCUCAAGGAGUCCGAGCGUGUCAAGGCAGAGAAGUACGGUCUUACCGCUCUCCGCUUUCAGAAGUGGGAAAAUGGCAAGGGUGGCGAGCAGGUACGUCCAACACACUGCACGUCGCGGACUUACGUGCUCAUCGUCGCGUUUUUACGGUUUGAAAGGUCUAUCUAA